ACAGGACACGAAAAUUUCCACCUGAUUUUCCUAAUACAAAGGUGUAGGAGUGAUGAAAGCUGUGUAAGAGUGACUAUAUCUAAUCCCUGGACCUUACGUGCAAAAUAAAUCCCAGAGAUUCUCCUCGCGAAAAUAUUGAAGCUGUCAAGUGUAAAGAGAAAGAAGAAAGAAAAUAAGUUCGAUUAUUGUAACACAAGCCAGAUUGGUAACAGUUAUUGUAACACAAGCCAGAUUGGUAAGAUGCGGUACUUAUUCGUGGUUUUUCUUCUUUUACUUGGCGUCUUCAUGUCAGAAGAACUUACAGGCACCCUAUCAAAACGAGAUCCAUCUGACAUGAAGAUUGUGUGUUACUAUUCGAACUGGGCAGUCUACAGGUCAGGACUAGCCGAAUUCACACCUCGGAAUAUCAACCCUUUCCUCUGUACACAUUUAAUCUACGCUUUCGCUGCAUUGGACAAGGAUUAUGAAAUCAGGCCUUAUGAUCCGUACAAUGAUAUUGAGCAAGGAAAUUACAAGAAAUUUGUCGGCUUGAAAUCUUACAAUCCUGAGUUAAAAACAAUGAUUGCUGUUGGAGGAUGGAAUGAAGGUUCUGAAAGGUUUUCCCAGAUGGUAGCAGACUACAAAAACAGACAACGGUUUAUUCGUAGUGUUAUCCGAUAUCUCCGAGAAUACGGAUUCGAUGGAUUAGAGAUGGACUGGGAAUACCCUGGCUUUAGGGAUGGAGGAUCAGAUGGUGACCGCUAUGGUUAUGGACAAUUAGUCAGAGUAGGAAGCUUUGAAUGCAAUAAUAAAAAAAUGAAUACAUAA